AUGGCGGUGGUGUUGGCGGUUGCGAUCUCUGUCGUAGCUGGGACCCCAACCCCAACACCCACAACCACGGAGACCACCGCCCCCUCCACAACCACAACCACAGGGACCCCAACCUCAACACCCACCACCACAGGGACCCAAAGCCCUCCAUUUACCACGACUACAACAGAGACUCCAACCCCAACACCCACCACCACAGAGACCACCACCCCCACCACAACCACAACCACAGGGACCCCAACCCCAACACCCACAACCACAGAGAUCCCAAGCCCAACAUCUAGCACCACUAUAACAGAGACUCCAACCCCAACGCCCACCACCAGUCACCCUCCAACCCCAUCGACCACCACAACCACCACCGUCUUUCCAAGCACCCCCAGCACAUUGCCACCCACAGUGACAACCCCCAGUACAACAGCCACGCCUACCCGGGAAACCACUACCACCCCAGCCACAACCACGUCUACCACAGAAGGGACCACCACAGUGUCACCAACCUCUCCGUGUCUGCCAGACUGCAGGUGGACUGGCUGGCUGGAUUCUGGCAAACCAGAUUACACCAAAACAGGCGGGGACAUUGAAUCCCUUGAGAACAUCUGCGAGAGGGGCUGGGUAGCCAACAUCUCCUGCAGAGCUGCCAUGUUCCCCAACACUCCCCUCCAAGAGCUUGGACAAACUGUGGUGUGUGACACCUCUGUUGGGCUUGUGUGCAAAAACCAGGAUCAGAAGCCGGGGGGAGCCACCCACAUUCCUGCCUGUAUCAACUACGAAAUCGACGUCUACUGCUGUUUUGUUCCACGUAACUGUGUCUCCACACCUUCGACCACCACUAUGAAGACCCCAGCUACAACACUCUCCACAGCUUCAACUGGGACUCCAAUGCCAACCUCUAGCACCACCUCAAGAGAGACAACAACCAUCACACCCACAACCACAGGGACCUCAAGCCCGCCAUCUACCACCACUACGACAGAGACUCCAACCCCAACACCCAUCACAGAGACCACCACCACCACUCCCACUACAACCACAACCACAGGGACCCCAACCCCAACACCCACCACCACUACAACAGAGACUCCAACCCCUACACCCACCGCCACAGGGACCACUGCCCCCACCACAACCACAACCACAGGGACCCCAACCCCAACACCCACCAUCACAGAGACCACCGCCCCCACGACCACCGCAGAGACCACCGCCCCCACCACACCCACAACCACAGGGACCACAAGACCGCCAUCUACCACCACUACAACAGAGACUCCAACCCCAACACCCACCGUCACAGGGACCACCGCCCCCACCACCACCACAACCACAGGGACCCCAACCCCAACACCCACCACCACUACAACAGAGACCCCAACCCAAACACCCACCACCACAGGGACCACCGCCCCCACCACAACCACAACCACAGGGAUCCUAACCUCAACACCCACAACCUCAGAGACCACUGCCCCCACGACCACCACAGAGACCACCGCCCCCACCACAACCACAGGGACCCCAACCUCAACACCCAUAACCACAGGGACCCCGAGCCCUCCAUUUACCACGACUACAACAGAGACUCCAACCCCAACACCCACCACCACUCCAACAGAGACUCCAACUCCUACACCCACAACCACAGAGACCACCGCCCUCACCACCACCGCAGAGACCACUGCCCUCACCACAACCACAACCACAGGGACUCCAACCCCAACACCCACCACCACAGGGACCACCGCCCCCACCACAACCACAACCACAGGGACCACCGCCCCCACCAAAACCACAACCACAGGGACCCCAAGCUCAACACCUACAACCACAGGGACCCCAAGCCCUCCAUUUACCACGGCUACAACAGAGACUCCAACCCCAACACCCACAACCACAGAGACCCCAAGCCCAACAUCUAGCACCACUAUAACAGAGACUCCAACCCCAACGCCCACCACCAGUCACCCUCCAACCCCAUCGACCACCACAACCACCACCGUCUUUCCAAGCACCCCCAGCACAUUGCCACCCACAGUGACAACCCCCAGUACAACAGCCACGCCUACCCGGGAAACCACUACCCCCCCAGCCACAACCACGUCUACCACAGAAGGGACCACCACAGUGUCACCAACCUCUCCGUGUCUGCCGGACUGCAGGUGGACCGGCUGGCUGGAUUCUGGCAAACCGAACGAUACCGAAGCAGGUGAAGACGUUGAAUCCCUUGAGAACAUCUGCCAGAGGGGCUGGGUCGCCAACAUCUCCUGCAGAGCCGCCGUGUUCCCCGACACUCCCCUCCAAGAGCUUGGACAGACUGUGGUGUGUGACACCUCUGUUGGGCUCGUGUGCAAAAACCAGGACCAGAAAUCGACGUCUACUGCUGUUUCGUUCCACGUUACUGUGUCUCCACCUUCGACCACCGCUACGGAGACCCCAGCUACAGAACCCUCCACAGCUUCAACUGGGACUCCAGUGCCAACCUCUAGCACCACCUCAGGAGAGACAACAACCACCACACCCACAACCACAGGGACCUCAAGCCCGCCAUCUACCACCACUACGACAGAGACUGCAACCCCAACACCCACCGCCACAGGGACCACCGCCCCCACCACAACCACAACCACAGGGACCCCAACCCCAACACCCACCACCACUACGACAGAGACUCCAACCCCAACACCCACCGCCACAGGGACCACCGCCCCCACCACAACCACAACCACAGGGACCCCAACCCCAACACCCACCACCACUACGACAGAGACUCCAACCCCAACACCCAUCACAGAGACCACCGCCCCCACCACCACCACAGAGACCACCGCCCCCACUACAACCACAACCACAGGGACCCCAACCCCAACACCCACCACCACUACAACAGAGACUCCAACCCCAACACCCAUCACAGAGACCACUGCACCCAUCACCACCACAGAGACCACUGCCCCCACCACAACCACAACCACAGGGACCCCAACCCCAACACCCACCACCACUACAACAGAGACUCCAACCCCAACACCCAUCACAGAGACCACCGCCCCCACCACAACCACAGAGACCACCGCCCCCACCACAACCACCACCACAGAGACCACUGCCCCCACCACAACCACAACCACAGGGACCCCCACCCCAACACCCACCACCACUAUAACAGAGACUCCAACCCCAACACCCAUCACAGAGACCACCACCCCCACCACAACCACAACCACAGGGACCCCAACCCCAACACCCACAACCACAGGGACCACUGCCCCCACCACAACCAGAAUCACAGAGACCACCACCCUCACCACAACCACAACCACAGGGACCCCAACCCCAACAACCACCACCACUCCAACAGAGACUCCAACCCCUACACCCACAGCCACAGAGACCACCGCCCCCCCCACCACCACAGAGACCACCGCCCCCACCAAAACCACAACCACAGGGACCCCAAGCUCAACACCUACAACCACAGGGACCCCAAGCCCUCCAUUUACCACGACUACAACAGAGACUCCAACCCCAACACCCACAACCACAGAGACCCCAAGCCCAACAUCUAGCACCACUAUAACAGAGACUCCAACCCCAACGCCCACCACCAGUCACCCUCCAACCCCAUCGACCACCACAACCACCACCGUCUUUCCAAGCACCCCCAGCACAUUGCCACCCACAGUGACAACCCCCAGUACAACAGCCACGCCUACCCGGGAAACCACUACCACCCCAGCCACAACCACGUCUACCACAGAAGGGACCACCACAGUGUCACCAACCUCUCCGUGUCUGCCGGACUGCAGGUGGACCGGCUGGCUGGAUUCUGGCAAACCGAACGAUACCGAAGCAGGUGAAGACGUUGAAUCCCUUGAGAACAUCUGCCAGAGGGGCUGGGUCGCCAACAUCUCCUGCAGAGCCGCCGUGUUCCCCGACACUCCCCUCCAAGAGCUUGGACAGACUGUGGUGUGUGACACCUCUGUUGGGCUCGUGUGCAAAAACCAGGACCAGAAGCCGGGCGGAGCCACCCCGACGUCUGCCUGCCUCAACUACGAGAUCGACGUCUACUGCUGUUUCGUUCCACGUUACUGUUCUCCACCUUCGACCACCGCUACGGAGACCCCAGCUACAGAACCCUCCACAGCUUCAACUGGGACUCCAGUGCCAACCUCUAGCACCACCUCAGGAGAGACAACAACCACCACACCCACAACCACAGGGACCUCAAGCCCGCCAUCUACCACCACUACGACAGAGACUGCAACCCCAACACCCACCGCCACAGGGACCACCGCCCCCACCACAACCACAACCACAGGGACCCCAACCCCAACACCCACCACCACUACGACAGAGACUCCAACCCCAACACCCACCACAGAGACCACCACCCCCACUACAACCACAAGCACAGGGACCCCAACCCCAACACCCACCACCACUACAACAGAGACUCCAACCCCUACACCCACCGCCACAGGGACCACUGCCCCAACCACAACCACAGAGACCACCGCCCCCACCACAACCACAACCACAGGGACCCGAACCCCAACACCCACCAUCACAGAGACCACCGCCCCCACAACCACCACAGAGACCACCGCCGCCACCACAACCACAACCACACGGACCCCAACCCCAACACCCACCAUCACAGAGACCACUGCCCCCAUCACCACCACAGAGACCACCACCCCCACCACAACCACAGAGACCACCGCCCCCACCACAACCACAACCACAGGGACCCCAAGCCCAACACCCACCAUCACAGAGACCACUGCCCCCAUCACCACCACAGAGACCACCACCCCCACCACAACCACAGAGACCACCGCCCCCACCACAACCACAACCACAGAGACCACCGCCCCCACCACAACCACAGAGACCACCGCCCCCACCACAACCACAACCACAGGGACCCCAACCCCAACACCCACCACCACAGAGACCACCGCCCCCACUACUACCAUGACAGGGACCCCAAGUGCAACACCCACCGGCACACCUCCCGCCAGUAGCACAGCCGUGGAGCCCUCCAGCACACCCCUGACCCCGACGCUGACAGUGCCGACGGUCACUCCAGUGGGAGGCACCACCCUUCCAGGCACGUGGGCACCGGAUGUCUUUCUUUGGGCACGGCUGCCUGUGGCCCACAUCCUCUCCCUACAGCUGUACGAUGGGCUCUGCUCGCCGAUCCUGGGUCCCACCUCCUCGAAGACCACCCCCACCCCUGGAUCCACGACGAGGCUGCCUUUACUCAGCACAAGCCGUACCUCCAGCCCCACUGCCACGCCUGUGUCAGCCACCUCCACAGGCGCCCCCACACCAACAGGACGCCCGUCGACCCCGCCGGAGACCCCCAGCACCUGGACCUCCAGUGUGUCCACCUCCACUGUGACCCCAGCAACCUCCCCCCUCGUUACCACCAGCGGGGUCACCCCCUCCAGCUUGCUUCCAUGCUGCUUCUUGAAUGAGACCUACUACGCCCCGGGCGAGGUGGUGUACAGCGGCACGCAUGGAGACACGUGCUACUACGUGAACUGCUCGCUGGAAUGCACGCUUGAGUUCUUCAACUGGUCGUGCCCAUCCACACCCACCCCAACACCCAGCCCAUCCACACCCACCAGCCAAGAAUCCGGGACAUCUACCACGCCAGUGCCCGGGGUCCCCGGGUGCCCGGACUUGGAUCCUCCCAGGCAGGAGAAUGAGAGCUGGUGGAUGUGUAACUGCACGAAGGCCACGUGCAAGUACAACAACACCGUGGAGCUUGUGAAGGUGCCGUGCGAGCCCCCGCCCAUGCCCACCUGCACCAACGGCCUCGCGCCCGUGCGCGUCCAGGACCCCGACAAGUGCUGCUGGCACUGGGAGUGCGACUGCUACUGCACUGGCUGGGGGGACCCGCACUACGUCACCUUCGACGGGCUCUACUACAGCUACCAGGGCAACUGCACGUACGUGCUGGUGGAGGAGGUCAGCCCCAGGGUGGACAACUUCGGCAUCUACGUCGACAACUACCACUGCGACGUCAAUGACGAGGUGUCCUGCCCCCGCACGCUCAUCGUGCGCCACGAGACCCAGGAGGUGCUGAUCAAGAUGGUGCAGAUGGCGCCCAUAGUGGUGCAGGUGCAGGUCAACAGGCAGGCCGUGGCACUGCCCUACACCAAGUUCGGGCUGCGGGUGUAUGAGUCGGGCAUCAACUACAUGGUUGACAUCCCCGAGCUGGGCGCCCUCGUGUCCUACAACGGCCUCUCCUUCUCCAUCCGGCUGCCCUACCGCCUGUUCGGCAACAACACAAAGGGCCAAUGUGGCACGUGCACCAACAGCACCUUGGACGACUGUGUGCUGCCCAGCGGGGAGAGCAUUGACAACUGCGAGGUCGCAGCUGACUCCUGGGUGGUGGACGACCCCUCCAAGCCACGCUGCCCCCACACCAGCUUCACCACCAGGCGCCCAGCCACCUCACCCUCGGCGGGCACCAGCAGCUUCCCCCCGAAGAGCUGUGCGUCUCCACUCUGUGAGCUCAUCAAGGACAGCUUGUUUGCCCACUGCCACGCCCUGGCGCCCCCCCAGCACUACUAUGAAGCCUGCCUGUUCGACAGCUGCUAUGUGCCUGGCUCGAACCUGGAGUGCGCCAGCCUGCAGACCUACGCGGCCCUGUGUGCCCAGGAGGGCAUCUGCGUGGACUGGCGGAACCACACAGGCGGGGCCUGCCCGGUGACAUGCCCCGCCCAUCGUGAGUACCGGGCCUGCGGCCCCGUGGAGGAGCCCACCUGUAAGUCCAGCCCCUCCGAGCCGAACAGCACGCGCCUGGUGGAAGGCUGCUUCUGCCCCGAGGGCACCACCAGCUACGCGCCGGGCUUCGACGUCUGCGUGGACCUGUGCGGCUGCGUGGGGCCGGACAACGUGCCCAGAGAGUACGGGGAGCACUUCGAGUUCGACUGCAAGGACUGCAUCUGCCUGGAGGGCGGGAGCGGCAUCAUCUGCAAGCCCAAGACGUGCCGGCCGGAGCCCCGGCUGGAGUGCGAGGAGGACGGCACCUACCCGUUCACGGAGGUGGACCCCGCCAACACCUGCUGCAACCUCACCUCCUGCAAGUGCAACGCCAGCCUGUGCAGGGAGAAGCCCCCUCUGUGCUCACUGGGCUUCCAGGUGAAGAGCGAGAUGGUGCCCGGGAGGUGCUGCCCGCUGUACUCGUGUGUGCCCAAGGGUGUGUGUGUGCUGGAGCAUGCCGAGUACCAGCCUGGGUCUCCAGUCUAUUCAUCCAAGUGCCAGAACUGCGUCUGCACCGACCGCAGGGACAACGCCACGCAGCUCAACGUCAUCACCUGCACCUAUGUGCCCUGCAACACCACCUGCAGCCUGGGCUUUGAGCUGGUGGACGCCCCCGGGGAGUGCUGCAAGAAAUGCGAGCAGACUCACUGCAUCAUCAGCCGGCCCGGCCAGCAUAACCUGGUCCUGAAGCCCGGAGACAUGAAGAGUGACCCCCUGAACAACUGUACCUUCUUCAGCUGCAUGAAGAUACACAACCAGCUCAUCUCAUCCAUCUCCAACAUCACCUGCCCUGAGUUUGACCCCAGCACCUGUGUCCAGGGCUCCAUCACGCUCAUGCCCAACGGCUGCUGCAGGAAGUGCAUCCCUCGCAAUGAGACCAGCGUCCCCUGCGCUGCCGUCCCUGUCACGAGGGAGAUUUCGCACAACGGCUGCACCGCGUCGGUCUCCAUGAAUGACUGCUCUGGGUCCUGCGGGACCUUCGCCAUGUACUCGGCCGAGGCCCAGGCCCUGGACCACAGGUGCUCCUGCUGCAGAGAGCAGCGCACCAGCCAGCGGGAGGUGACGCUGCGGUGCCCGGACGGGGGCACGCUCCGCUACACCUACACGCACGUCGACAGCUGCCUGUGCCAGGACACCGUGUGCGAGCUGCCUGCCCAGCGCAGGGCCCGGCGCUCCUCAGCCCUCGGGGUGGCCCCCGGGCGGGGGUGAGGGGAGGGCCCGGCUCCCACCGUCCCGCGUCCCCUUCCGCUGACCCCCUCAGCUGCCUCACCUCCUGAGCUGACUUUCUCUCUGCAGAUAUUUAUUUUCUGAGCCUUUGUUCAAUUCUUUGCUUUCCAAAAUAAACUUGGGCAGAGACGC